AGCCAGAGCCUUCCGCCGCCCGGGUGCAGACCCUCCGUCUCUCUGGUAAGGCGCCGCCUCCCGCAGCCUGGGGCGGGGCUGGGGCGGAGCCAGACUGGCCGCGCCAGGGAGGAGCGGGCGCGGGCAGAUCGCUUGCUGAAGAUUCUCUGUGCUUUUGCUGUCGCUGCAACUGCGGACGACCUCCUUAGGGCUAGACGUCCCAGCUAGGCGAGUCCGUUGGGAGCUCGGUGUGCUGAACAGAGCCCCGAGGUAGGAGUUCUCGGUGCGUGUGCCGCCACUUUUCUGUUCGGGAAGUCCGGUUCCGGGCUCUUCGGACCCUCCUGGCGUCCUCGCCUGAGUCGUGGAGGGCCGCAGCGGCGCCCGGGCAUGGCUUCGGCUGGCAGCGGCAUGGAAGAGGUACGCGUGUCGGUGCUGACCCCGCUCAAGCUGGUCGGGCUGGUGUGCAUCUUCUUGGCGCUGUGUCUGGAUCUGGGAGCUGUUCUGAGCCCGGCCUGGGUCACCGCGGACCACCAGUACUACCUGUCCCUGUGGGAGUCCUGCAGGAAGCCCGCCAACCUGGAUAGCUGGCAUUGCGAGUCCACGCUCGGCAGCGAUUGGCAGAUCGCUACUCUGGCUUUACUCCUGGGCGGCGCUGCCAUCAUACUCAUUGCAUUCCUGGUGGGUUUGAUUUCAAUCUGUGUGGGAUCUCGAAGGCGCUUCUACCGACCUGUUGCUGUCAUGCUUUUUGCAGCAGUUGUUUUGCAGGUCUGCAGCCUGGUCCUUUAUCCAAUCAAGUUUAUUGAAACUGUGAGCUUGAAAAUUUACCACGAGUUCAAUUGGGGUUAUGGCCUGGCCUGGGGGGCAACUAUAUUUUCAUUUGGGGGUGCCAUUCUUUAUUGCCUGAACCCUAAGAACUAUGAAGACUACUACUAAAGUCUGAAAAUACACACACACACACACACACGC